GGUUGGGCUUUACGAGUGACAAAGAACCAGCAGCCGUAACCAACGAUGGCAAGUAGUAUCGCGCUGGUGGUUACAUUCCUAUGGGUUUUGCAGAACGUUACCGGACGUCCAGACUUUGGUCUGAACGGGGAUGUUGCGGGAAGUUCAAUAGCAAUCGACACAAGCGGUGGUGCAUCUUUCGUCAUAGGCACUAUCAGUGAGUACAGGAUUCUGCUCGGGUCACAGUACCAGUUACUCUACGACAUGGAGGAAGCAUACUACUCUGUUGCUGAGAAGUUUACCGCGGCUGGAAUUGCAGUGACCGACAAGCUGUCCCUCUUAGCGGACGACGAUUCAGGGAUAGUGACUCCACCGUUUGAGUCAACCAUUUCCGCCAUUGCAGACCUGCAAACUGUCAUCAGCAACGACUUGACACAGGAGUUCCUAACGUUACAAUUUCGCGACCAGCCGUUUAUCACUGAUCGGCUGACGGAUAGCUUUAGCUACAUCAGCGUAACGUUAACAACUCUGGACGAAAUUCUGGAAACUCUUCAGAGUGCAGCGGAACAGGCUCAAUUCCAGUCCGGUGGCGAUGAGGAGUCUGUCGAUCAAGCGUUUGCUCGUAAAUUUGUUACUCCCCAUAUGAUCAACUCACUGCUAAACACGAUCGUUCUCAUACCCGGUGCUAUCUCACCACUCAUCUUCUCCGUACACGAACCCUUAGCCCAGCUGGAUAGAUCCGAUACGUACAUUAUUGCUGCAAAGAGUGACAUUGAAUCGACUCUACUGCAGGCACAUCAAGAGGUGGUGAACUUUAACGGGAAUAUACGAAAACUCAAGCAGGACACGAACGGUGUGAUAGAAACGCUCGGUUCAUCCUUCAGCGAAGAGUUAACGCUGAUCAGCGAUGUACUGCCAACAUUGCAACUCUCUUAUAAGUAUCAGAAUGGGCUGGCGACUGCAAUAGAAUCGUUUAACGAUGCUCUGUCGAUGGAUGCAAUCGACGAGAAAACGUUAGUGUUGGACGUAGCGAUCACGGAGUACGUGCGACAAUCGAAAACGUUCGACGAUGAUUUGGUAACGGUGUAUGGUGAACGUAUCUGUCCCGCGAUGCAAGCUGUCGUCCAGGUGCUCAUUGCCAGUGGACCAUAUGCUACCUAUUGUUUCAAGAAAUACUCACACAGGGUGAUAGAUUUAGCCAUACACAACUUCUACGACAUUGGGGAGUGCUACGAGCUGGAAUUGAAUCGACUUUACGCAACGCAUCGUCUCAUCUCGAACAUCGUCAGCAUGGUGAUGUUCAAUUUUCUUGAACUUUACGAGAACCUUAACACCUGUGCCGAAAUUCAACCGUGCCCAGUCGAUUGUGAUCCUUGCGUUGAUACGCUCGGAGAACUUCUCGAGACCCUGUCCCGAUUGACGGACGAGAUGUUCAACCUCAUACUGCAGAUAAUCCCGUACGAGACGACGGCUAGCCUUCAGCGGCUUAAAUCUUGUGCUGCUUUCAGUAAGUAUAAGUUGAUUGCUGAUGCGCACGAUCUCGUUAAUGAUGUGUUCAUAUGCGAAGACACUGGAUACAAUCAAACAGAAUAGUGAAAUACACGCAAUACUACUUAACGGCGAUGAUGGAUAAUACAAAUCAAAGUAAAUUUAGUAAAAUAAGAUCAUUUUACUUAUCUUUAAGCUCAAGGUGACAUGAAAAUAAAAUAAAAUAGAUAAAUACAACAGACAUUUUUCAUUUGUUUUGCAAUUUUAAAAGCACUACUAUAAAUUCUUCAGUUAUUGUGGCGCCCUCUGGUAGAAUUUCUUUAAAAGACAGUUAUUUUUUUGUAUUUUCUGACCUCGUCACUAAACGCUUAGCAAUUGUCGCGUUUGCAAACGCAAUUCAGAAAAUUUUUGCCAAACUCCAAAUAAAAAAAAAUGCGAAAAGUCGCUAUACGUGUAUUUUCAGCGAAAAAUCGCUAUUCGAAACGCGACUUGACGCCAUGACAGUUUUCUGUAAUGACGGCCGGGAUAGCUCGAUUUUGCUGGCAAUAACAAGGUAACAAAUACAAAUUCAAAAAUUAGAUCGGUUGGGUGUCAUUAAAUAAUGUAAAGUUUAAAAAAAUCGAGUGCCUUUUUAUUUUUUAUGUUUGAGAAAAUGUCAAAUUUUUAUAAUUUUUCAGCAAUUUAGCAAAAUUUAUAAAUAUGAUAUAUUUUAAUGCGAAUUUGUUGCAAUAAGUUUCUUUUCACUCAAAUAAUGCUUUAAACACAAAAAAGAAUAAAAAAUCAGAAAAAAAUUUUAAAAAAAUUUUCAACUCGAAAAUUUCAUAAGGGGUACCCCUUACGUUUUUUUUGGGAAAUUUUGCAAAAAAAAAAUAAAUUGAUUUAUUUUAAUGCCAAUUGGUUGCAAUGUGUUUCUUUUCACUCAAGUAAUGUUUUACAUAAAAAAAAAAAUCAAAAAUAAUAAAAAAUAUGAAAAAAAUCUAAAAAUUUGAAAAUUUCCUAAUUCCAUAGCCUAAGUUUUUUUUUUGGGGAAAUUUAGUAAUUUUUAUAAAUUGAUGUAUUUUAAUGCGAAUUUUGACACAAACUCGAUUAAUUCUUACACCCAAACAUUCGAAGCAGUCAUCAAACCACGAGACGGGCAAUCGAUAUCUUGAUAUUUAGGAAAAUUCGCAACACAAAAAUACAAACAAGCGUGUUCUGGUUUGCUCGUUUGAUACGGUGUGCCAAAUUUGCAUAUAUAUUCAAAAACCGCAAAAGGUGUUAAUUGAUAGCGAAGUUGCCAAACCACCACGCGUAUUAAUACUGGUUCGGGGGACAAUUUUUUGGUCGACAUUUGAAAACUAAAGCAGAACACACAAAUCUCUGCCAAAGAUUUGUGUUUUUUUUUUUAUUUUUGCUUUUUGCGAUAUAAGAUCACGAUGACCUUUCAGUGCACAAAAUAUAACGAUGAUUUAAUUUAUUUCCCAAGGUAAUUCCAAUUAAACAAACCCAUCGUCAGAAUGUAAGUGAAAGCCUUGACAGAAAUUUCUCUUCAGAUUAACUCAAGGACCAUUCGGUGCUGCGUCACCGUCUUGAAUGGCCAAUCGAACCUUCUGAGCAGCGGUACAAUCAUUUCAACGAACAAACGCUACACCGUCUGAGUCAUCUUGAGCAGCUUGAUCCUCACUGGCAAUCCCAACCAUAACUGAAGACUAGUUUCGUGCGUGAGCAAGUGAGUAAUGUAAAGUGCUACUCAUACGGACGACAUGAUCGACAAACCCGGCCCCGUCGCAAAAUACGGCUGAAGACUACACGGUACCGGGGUGACCGCGUACCAACAAGCUGCUAAAUAUGGCUAAUCACGAGCGAGCACGAUCCAAAAACCGUUGAUUGAUUGUCACAGCCGAAAUAUUAGCCCGGGUGGGCUUCUAAAAUGGGAUCCGAACAGUUUGUCGGUACGUUUUUUGGUUGGCUGGGUGGUGGUGCUCGGGUCGGUUGAGUCGACAUUUCCGACAAGCCGAUCUAUCGUUUAAAAAACGGGACGGACGGGCAGGCAGAGGGAUAGGCAACAAUGAAGGUCGAUCAUCUCGUCAAUGAUCGUCGUUCAUCAUGUUUCAUCGCUCGCUGAAGGUGAAUUCGAAAAACCGAUUUACAUUUCCGUUUGUUUUGUACAUUUGUAUCGAGAAACAAAAAGGCGAACCGAAAGGGAAGGAACUCAAGCUGAGACACGGAAUGGAUCAAUCAUGAAAACCUGAAUAUUCACAGUUGACAGCAAUGGGACACGGGAUUUUAAUGCAGCGUGUAACUUAAUAUCGUU